UCUUUGUGUGGGGUGGAUUAGCUCUCUGGGUUGGAGCGGUGCGAAACUAGAGCAUCAAUCGGCACAGAAGCAGAAGAGGAGCAAAAAAAUAAAUUAAAAACAUAUGUAUAAAAAAUCAGAAUAAAUAAAGAGAUCAGCAGACAUCGGAUCGCCGUCGCAGCGCGUCUCUGGAUUCCGCCGGACGGACAUGCGAUUUACAGACCGGGGUGUUGUGUGUGAGUGACGCCUUGUUGCCAUGACGACCCACGUGACCCUGGAGGAUGCCCUGUCCAAUGUGGACCUGCUGGAGGAGCUGCCCCUCCCGGACCAGCAGCCAUGCAUCGAGCCCCCUCCCUCCUCCAUCAUGUACCAGGCCAACUUUGACACCAACUUUGAAGACAGGAAUGCAUUUGUGACCGGCAUCGCCCGUUAUAUCGAGCAAGCUACAGUCCACUCCAGCAUGAAUGAGAUGCUGGAGGAAGGGCAUGAGUAUGCGGUGAUGCUUUACACUUGGAGAAGCUGCUCCAGAGCCAUUCCCCAGGUGAAAUGCAACGAGCAGCCCAACCGGGUUGAGAUCUAUGAGAAAACAGUGGAGGUCUUGGAACCGGAAGUCACCAAGCUCAUGAAGUUCAUGUACUUCCAGCGGAAAGCCAUUGAACGUUUCUGCAGCGAAGUAAAGCGUCUCUGCCACGCCGAGAGAAGGAAGGACUUUGUGUCCGAGGCCUACCUACUCACUCUGGGCAAAUUCAUAAACAUGUUUGCAGUGCUGGACGAACUGAAGAACAUGAAGUGCAGCGUGAAGAACGACCACUCUGCCUACAAAAGGGCUGCUCAAUUCUUGAGGAAGAUGGCCGACCCGCAGUCCAUCCAGGAGUCCCAGAACCUCUCCAUGUUUUUAGCCAACCACAACAGGAUCACCCAGUGCCUGCACCAACAGUUGGAGGUGAUACCGGGCUACGAGGAGCUUCUGGCCGACAUUGUCAACAUCUGUGUGGACUAUUAUGAGAAUAAGAUGUAUUUGACACCCAGCGAGAAGCACAUGCUGCUAAAGGUGAUGGGCUUUGGUCUGUACCUGAUGGACGGGAACGUCAGUAAUAUCUACAAACUCGACGCCAAAAAGAGGAUCAACCUGAGCAAAAUCGACAAGUUCUUCAAACUUCAAGUGGUGCCGUUAUUCGGAGACAUGCAGAUUGAGCUGUCCCGCUACAUCGAGACCAGUGCCCACUACGAAGAAAACAAGUCCAAGUGGACGUGCACCCAGAGCAGCAUCUCGCCGCAGUACAACCUGUGCGAGCAGAUGGUGCAGAUCAGGGAGGACCACAUCCGCUUCAUCUCGGAGCUGGCGCGCUACAGCAACAGCGAAGUGGUGACGGGCUCGGGCCUGGACAGCCAGAAGUCCGACGAGGAGUACAGGGAGCUGUUCGACCUCGCUCUGAGGGGUCUGCAGCUGCUGUCUAAGUGGAGCACGCACGUCAUGGAAGUUUACUCUUGGAAGCUGGUCCAUCCCACAGAUAAAUUCUGUAACAAGGACUGCCCGGGCACAGCGGAGGAGUACGAACGAGCCACGCGAUACAAUUACACCAGUGAGGAGAAGUUUGCCCUGGUGGAAGUCAUUGCCAUGAUCAAAGGCCUGCAGGUUCUGAUGGGCCGAAUGGAGUCUGUGUUUAACCAAGCCAUCAGGAAUACCAUCUACGCAGCGCUGCAGGACUUUGCCCAGAUGACCCUCAGAGAGCCUCUGCGCCAGGCUGUGCGCAAGAAGAAGAAUGUCCUCAUUAGUGUCCUCCAGGCCAUUCGUAAGACUGUGUGUGACUGGGACGGGGUGAGGGAACCCCCAAAUGACCCCUGCCUGAGGGGUGAGAAGGACCCAAAAGGUGGAUUUGACAUCAAAGUUCCCCGCAGGGCUGUAGGACCCUCCAGCACACAGCUGUACAUGGUGCGCACCAUGCUGGAGUCCCUGAUAGCAGAUAAGAGCGGCUCUAAGAAGACUCUCCGCAGCUGCCUGGAUGGACCCAUAGUGGUGGCCAUAGAAGACUUCCACAAACAUUCCUUCUUCUUCACUCACCUGCUCAACUUCAGCGAGGCCCUGCAGCAGUGCUGCGACCUGUCCCAGCUCUGGUUCAGAGAGUUCUUCUUGGAGCUCACCAUGGGUCGCAGGAUCCAGUUCCCCAUCGAGAUGUCCAUGCCCUGGAUCCUCACUGACCACAUCCUGGAGACCAAGGAGCCCUCCAUGAUGGAAUACGUGCUGUAUCCCUUGGACCUGUACAACGACAGUGGCUACUACGCUCUCACCAAGUUCAAAAAGCAGUUCCUCUAUGAUGAAAUUGAGGCCGAGGUAAACCUCUGCUUUGACCAGUUUGUCUACAAGUUGGCGGAUCAGAUAUUCGCCUACUACAAAGCAAUGGCUGGAAGCGUCCUCCUGGACAAGCGCUUCAGAGCCGAGUGUAAAAACUACGGCGUGAUCAUCCCGUACCCGCCGUCAAACCGCUACGAGACGCUGCUCAAACAGAGACACGUGCAGCUGCUCGGUCGCUCCAUCGACCUGAACCGCCUGAUCACCCAGAGGAUCUCGGCAGCGAUGUACAAGUCCCUGGACCACGCCAUCAGCCGCUUCGAGAGCGAGGACCUCACCUCCAUAGUGGAGCUGGAGUGGCUGCUGGAGAUCAACAGACUAACCCACCGGCUCCUGUGCAAGCACAUGACCCUGGACAGCUUCGACGCCAUGUUCCGCGAGGCCAACCACAAUGUCUCCGCCCCCUACGGGCGAAUCACGCUGCACGUCUUCUGGGAGCUGAACUUCGAUUUCCUGCCCAACUACUGCUACAACGGAUCCACAAACCGCUUUGUACGUACAGCAAUUCCCUUCACCCAGGAGCCUCAAAGGGACAAGCCAGCUAAUGUGCAGCCUUACUACUUGUACGGGUCCAAGCCUCUCAACAUUGCCUACUCCCACAUAUACAGCUCUUAUAGAAACUUUGUCGGCCCGCCCCACUUCAAGACCAUCUGCCGUCUCCUUGGUUACCAAGGCAUUGCUGUGGUGAUGGAGGAGCUGCUCAAGAUUGUCAAGAGCCUGUUACAGGGCACCAUCCUGCAGUACGUGAAAACCCUGAUCGAAGUCAUGCCCAAGAUCUGCCGCCUGCCGCGCCACGAGUACGGCUCUCCAGGUAUCUUGGAGUUCUUCCACCAUCAGCUCAAGGAUAUCAUUGAAUACGCUGAGCUGAAAACCGACGUCUUCCAGAGUUUAAGGGAGGUGGGAAACGCCAUCCUCUUCUGCCUGCUCAUCGAGCAAGCUCUGUCUCAGGAGGAAGUGUGCGACCUGCUCCAUGCCGCCCCCUUCCAGAACAUUCUGCCCCGAGUCUACAUUAAAGAGGGAGAGCGUCUGGAGGUGAGGAUGAAAAGGCUGGAAGCCAAGUACGCCCCUCUCCACCUUGUGCCUCUAAUCGAGAGGUUGGGAACGCCACAGCAAAUCGCCAUUGCCCGCGAGGGGGACCUGCUGACCAAAGAGCGUCUGUGCUGCGGCCUUUCCAUGUUCGAGGUCAUCCUAACGCGCAUCCGCAGCUUCCUGCAGGACGGCGUGUGGCGCGGCCCUCCUCCCACCAACGGCGUGAUGCACGUCGACGAGUGUAUGGAGUUUCACCGCCUGUGGAGCGCCAUGCAGUUUGUCUACUGCAUCCCUGUGGGCACACAUGAGUUCACAGCGGAGCAGUGCUUCGGCGACGGGCUGAACUGGGCCGGCUGUGCCAUCAUCGUGCUGUUGGGACAGCAGCGUCGCUUUGACCUCUUCGACUUCUGCUACCAUCUGCUCAAAGUCCAAAGACAGGACGGCAAGGAUGAGAUCAUCAAAAAUGUGCCCUUGAAGAAGAUGGCAGACCGCAUUAGGAAGUACCAGAUCCUCAACAAUGAGAUCUUUGCCAUUCUCAACAAGUACAUGAAGGCGGUGGAGACGGACAGUUCCACUGUGGAGCAUGUUCGCUGUUUCCAGCCUCCUAUACACCAAUCCCUGGCUACCACCUGUUGAGAUAGACCCUACACACACACACACACACACACACACACACGCACACUUAGCUAUGAUUUGAAUGUCUGCCUCUCCCUGGUCUCGUAGUGGUGUAGAUUACCACGGCGGCUUCACACUGGCUUUAAGAACCCAAAGACAGAUCUUUCCAAACUAGGCCUCUAUUUAAAAAAUGUCUGUCUUUGAUGCCUUGAAGCAUUCGACCAGGCCGGAGGUGGAAGUGUAUAUUCACACCUGUUCUUUUUUUAUUUCACUGUCUGUGUGGCUCACUCAGACUCAUGCAUGCCUCCUUUUAUUCCUUCCGCUGCACACCGGCGGAUCGGACCACCGAUACAAACGCCAAACGAGUAUCUCAUAUUUCAAAACUUGUUUGAAAUCUCCACCACUGGGACUCAUAAAUGCCUUUCAGAAUUUUCAAUCGAGACUUGAGACAAACGUAAAUCUAACAGAGUUUCAAUAAAAGUAUUGCUAGAAAAUAGCUCAUUUUUGAAGUUACAUAAAGCUCUUUAAUAUGGUGCUGUUAAAUGCUACUUCUGCUACUAAUCCGUACAGCGGGCGCCAGUAAAGCCUGUGCUACCAUUAUGCACCAUUAUGCGUGUCCUCUGUUACGACCCAAACCUGUCGUGAUGCAUUGGAAACUCUUCACUCAUUUGUAUGAAAAUCUGGUCAUCCUGAAGCAUUUCAUUACGUAUUCACCUGCUUGCUUUUAAAGGAAUGAAAGUACAUUGUAUUCUUGAUUUGCUCUUAUUUAUCCCGACAACUUUUUUUUUUUUUGGCUUGUUCUUGACACAUUUUUAUUCUGUACAAGUUCCGCUGUAAAUUUCACUGUUGAACCAAGUGAAGUGUUGUGUGUUGUAAUGCUUUUAAUUAUUAAUAUUUUUAUUUACACAUCCGUGGUAUACUUGCGUCUCUACUGGCUGUACACCUCAUCAACUUUAUUUAUUUCUCUUUUGUCCGUCGGAUAGAUUUUUUUAAUAUUCUGUACAUGAUUACAGUGAUAUUAUUUACAAUUCUGGAAAUACACAUUGCAUCUGGGUAUAUGUCUUUGCGUUUUCAAGAGUGAAAAAAACAAAACAAGAUCAGAAAAUACUUAGGUUGUGUAAAGACAGUGCUGUACUAGAUUAACCUGUUCUGAGUGUGAAUGGACGAUGUUGGUCCAGCAGACCUAUGAAAUACUCUGCACAUAAAGGAAAAAAAACAUAAAACAUAACUAAAAUGUCAGUCAUAAUUAAAGUGCAGUUUAAUAAAUAUAGUCGGUAUUUACUAUUGUUGAACUUUUGCUUUAGAUUCAGCAGUGUUGUUAAAACAUGCUAAAUUUGUCCCUAUUUUAUUUCUUAUGACGGAAGGCAAAUUAAUUAUUAACAAGUAACCCUCCUCAAACUGCCCUGUAACCUUUUUAUGCUUUGUUUUUAAAUGAACAAACUUUCUUUUGUAACUGUCUUUUUAAUAUAUUUAUUCAACUCCGACGUAUUGUUCAUUUAAAGGUUGAUCUGGUUGAAAUAGAGGUACCGAUGUAUCAUCUCGAAACCUUAGCAUGGCAAGUGUAAUUUAUUGUCAUCAAUGGCUCCAUUUGUGACAUGAGGCUUUGUUUAUGAUAUUGUUGUACAAGUGACCAUGUUUUGAAGUACAAAAAAAAGUGAAGAAAAAGAAUAUAACGUGUACAACAAUGGUCCUGCAAAGGAUUUGAAAUGAUGUUGUAUUUCCAUGAAAUAAAAAAUGUUUAACUGAAAAAA